AUGAGAGCCCUACUCAACUACUUCGUGAAGAAGUGCGAACGAACCAAAUACAGACUGGAGGUCAUCGAGAGGAGGUACAAGCUGUUCUCCUGCGGGGUCCCAAUGGUACUUCUCAUGUCCCUCACCAUCAGCAUAGGCACCUUCCUAAUAGAUCUGCAGUACAGAAUCAGGAACACCCGGCAGCAAAAUAUAAACAUCCGCGAAAACAAACUGAUGGAGGAAAAGAACAAGCUGCUGAAGAUCCUCAGCGAUUACGACUGCGUCGAUUACGAAAAUAUGCACUUUAACGACUUAAACAUCCACGUCCAGGUAAAAUGCAUCUCCUUCUGUGCGUCCAAUUUCUCCCCCCUCCCCUUGCCAUCCCGGAAGAGUUGCGAAGUUGUGAAUACCGCAGGGGGGGGAGACCCCGAGCAGAAACAGGGCAGAGGUCAGCCCGAGCUAAGUCACUUAAUCGGGAAUGUAUACAUUGGUAAAGUGCUACGCAUGGGGGGCACAGCUGCAGAGAUAGUCACAGCGAACUCAGUGCUGGGUAAAGACAUUAUUGGUAUAUUCACUCUCAAGUGUAGAGUUAUGAACGAUACGAUUAUAACGCCUUACCAUGAGGUUGUUGAGUAUCCCUGCAGCCACCUGAAAAAGGAUCAUGCCGUGUGCGCAGCGCUUCGCUCGUUUUACGAAGCCCACAUUUGCAUAAGUACCCUGAGUUGCUCAAGCAAGCCGCAGUACGUUGUCAUUUUUGCGGACGAUAUUUUUCAAGUGCUCCCCUUUUUGAAGCUUCUGACGAGGCGGAAAUUCCUCGUAGAGGUAUUUUUCGAAACGAAUACAGUGACAACCACAACUGAAGCGCAGCUGGCGCAAUUCCACAUCAGCGGUGAGCUCUUUCAAGAACGGGUCUCCAUACGGACCCAAGACGAAACGGUCCAACAGCAUAUGCACUACGUAACCAACGGACUUGGAGUAAAAACCAUCCUUGUGUUCCCACACGCCAACAGUGACAUCAGCGCCUUAAAGAGAAACAUUUUCACCGUAAGUGCCUUAAAUGCCAACAUAGUGUGCAUGACCCACUUGGAUUACUUAAAUCCACACGAAUGCAAACUGCUGCAGGAGAAAGGCAUAACCCUCCAUUUUUUUAACCUGACCAAUUAUUUAAAUUACGAUUAUUUCAAAGUGGCCGAUGCAUUUAAUUACGUGUUGUUAUCCUUCCUAAACGGAGAUGUCGCCAUUCCAUCGGUGCCCAUAACGACCAAGUCCUUUUCCAGCAUCGAGGAAAUACUGGCAAGUGGUCCUUCCUCUCCACACGAUAAACGUUACAGCGUUUACGUCAACAGGAAUGUUCAGUGAAGUGCUGGGGAAGCGGCU